UGGAGCUGGUUUGUCAUAUUUCUUUGUCACAUCAAAGAGAGUGGAGUUUUUCCGUAAUCUGAAAGCUGACUUUUGAAACGUAACAAACUCUACCUCUUGUAUGAAGUACGAGAUGACAAACUUAGAACGGCGCCUCAUGGAGGUAUUGUAGAAAUCCAAGGUAUUCCGAUAGUCGAUGACGGCUACAGCCGACAGCCGAAUAUAAUUUCGGGAAAACAUUAAAAAGACAAAGCUCAGCAAAUAACUGGUAUUCAUGGAAUCGAUUCUAAACGAAGAAGUUGAUCCAGCAGAUCUCAAGAGGUUUGAGUUGAUGUACAAUGAACAAGUACGGCGAGGCCAAGUGAGUGAGAAAGCCAAGUUUGAAUAUGCUUGGUGUCUCGUGAGGAGCAAAUACAUUGAUGAUAUGAAGGAGGGAGUGGCUCUUUUAGAAGAUUUAUUCAAGAGAGCAUCAGAUGAUGGUGCCCGUAGAGAUUACUUAUAUUACAUGUCAGUUGGUUACACCAGGAUUAAGGAGUAUCCCCAAGCUUUAAAGUAUGUUAAAGCUCUUCUAAAAAUUGAACCAGGAAAUCAUCAGGCAUUACAAUUAGAAAAAUUCAUCAAUAAGAAAAUGACCAAAGAAGGGAUUAUGGGUAUGGCGAUUGUGGGUGGGGCGGCAUUAGCGCUUGGGGGACUGGUCAGUCUAGGUAUAGCCUUGGCCAAGAAAUGACGCUGCCGACCAAAACAAGGCUGUGUUGCCAACCAGCCUGAAAUUGAGAGAAGAUGUUCACAUUUUAAAUGUUUAAUUGGAUAAAUAGAAGCUCAAAUGACAAGACAGAAAAUCAUUUACAAUGUAUUGACUGACCAGAUUUGUUAUUUGAAUUUAAUCUAAAAAUUUAAAUAAUGCUGUGAAGUAAUGAGUGUUGCUAUGGUAGGAAGACUCCUUUUCAGUUAAUUGUUUUAAUACAAUGAUUUGAUUAUUAUUUUUUAUAAGUAUUAAAAGUGAUUACCGGUAAAAUGGAUUUAUUGUUAAGAUGUUUUGUCAUGGUACAUGAAUUGUACAGUGUAUGUUAUUAAAUUAUGUAAACUAC